GAGAAGUAGAAACCGGAAGGAAAUCAAACCUGCGCGCGCACGAGUGUGGCUGCGGGAGCGCGCGCGCGCUCGAGAGAAAGAGAGACAGCCAGCGCGCGCGCGACGACGGUUGGCUGGUGAGCUUGAGGAAGAGCGAGGAAAAGGGAGGCGGCGACGACGGCGGUGGCGGCCUGUGAGGCGCUGGCCGGCUUGAGUGGGGGAGGAGAGGAACUCGGCAUAAGAAGGCUUAUUGCUCUGCCCCGCCCUCGCUCCGGAGGAGACGGAGGAAGUGGGAGCCCAGAAAAAGAAGGAGGAGGAGGGCGACGGCGGCGACGGGGAGGAGGAAUUUCUUUCCACCCCCCCCCCCCCCCGCGUUCCCUUCCUCUCAACUCAACAGACAGGCGACCAGCUGUCCAAGAAGAGGACUUCUUUCCCCACUCAUCUUCAAGAGGAUGCUUGUUUUGCACAACCUUGGAAUAUCAAAAGUUGUGUCCCAUGAAGGAGAAAAGGAAAGAAGCUUGCACCUGAAAUGUUGCUGAAAAUCCAGGCUGUUUAAUAAUCUCAGUUGAGGCAGGAUUUGAAAACCACCAUUGUGUUGCUUGGCACAAGGACCAGCCACCAAGUGUUGGAUGCUCCACAGGGGACUUUCUUCGUCCAUAAAACUGUCUAUGACAGCCAUUAAUAGGCGUUUUCCUAAAGCGUCUUUGAGGCCUUGCCAUGUGCUGUUGUGUCCUUAUUGUAAGGAAGAAACUACUAUUCAUCAUAUGACUCAGAUUACUAAAAUCGGCUUGAGAAACCUGUUACUUUUUCCUCCUGAUACUGGAUCACCGUAUACUGAACUUUAAAUGAUAAGGUGAAAAAUUGUGGCCUUGACUGUCCUCGUACUAGUAGCAUCAGUGUCAUCACAUGACACGAUAGUCGCAGUUUUGUGCCUUUCAUUUUUUACUUUUUUGGACUGCAAAGCCAAGAAGGGACGAAGAGAGUUGGAAAGAGCCAGGCUGCUGACUGUUUAAUCUCUGGCUAUAUAUUUUUCUGUGUAAUUUUUGAUAUAGUCAAAGGCAAAAAUGUCGUUCUUUAACUUUCGUAAGAUCUUCAAACUGGGAGGUGAAAAGAAGAAGAAGCAGUAUGAGCAUGUCAAAAGAGACCUGAAUCCGGAGGACUAUUGGGAAAUUAUUGGCGAGCUGGGUGAUGGUGCUUUUGGCAAAGUAUUCAAGGCUCAGAAUAAAGAAACAAAAGUUCUUGCAGCUGCAAAGGUGAUUGAUACUAAAUCCGAGGAAGAGCUUGAAGACUACAUGGUUGAAAUUGAUAUCCUAGCAUCAUGUGAUCAUCCUAAUAUUGUCAAACUUCUUGAUGCUUUUUAUUAUGAAAAUAAUCUUUGGAUACUAAUCGAAUUUUGUGCUGGUGGUGCUGUAGAUGCAGUAAUGUUGGAACUUGAAAGACCUCUAACAGAGCCACAAAUCAGGGUAGUUUGCAGACAGACACUGGAGGCAUUGCAAUAUUUGCAUGAAAAUAAGAUCAUUCACAGAGAUCUGAAGGCUGGCAAUAUACUUUUUACACUAGAUGGAGACAUUAAGCUGGCGGAUUUUGGAGUGUCUGCUAAAAAUACAAGGACAAUACAAAGACGAGAUUCUUUCAUUGGCACACCAUAUUGGAUGGCCCCUGAAGUAGUGAUGUGUGAAACCUCUAAAGAUAGGCCUUAUGAUUACAAGGCUGAUGUUUGGUCUUUAGGUGUCACUUUAAUAGAAAUGGCUGAAAUAGAACCACCUCAUCAUGAACUGAAUCCAAUGCGUGUUCUGCUGAAAAUAGCAAAAUCAGAGCCACCUUCAUUGGCACAACCUUCAAAAUGGUCUGCUGAUUUUAAAGAUUUUUUAAAGAAGUGUUUAGAAAAAAAUGUAGAUGCUAGGUGGACCACUUCUGAACUUCUGCAGCAUCCAUUUGUUACUAUAACCACUAAUAAACCAAUCAGAGAACUGAUUGCUGAAGCAAAGGCUGAAGUUACAGAAGAGGUAGAAGAUGGGAAAGAGGAGGAGGAAGAGGAAGAAUCUGAAAAUUCCUUGCAGUUACCUGCAAACAAACGAGCCUCAUCUGAUCUCAGCAUUGCCAGCUCAGAAGAGGAUAAACUUUCACAGAAUGCCUCUAUCCUGGAAUCUGUUUCAGAAAAAACAGAGCGUCCGUCUGUGGAAGAGACUAGUACUAAUGCACUUGAAGGUGAAAAAAAGAGUGUGGAACCUGACAGCACAGAGAAAGAGAAACACAUUGUAAGCACGCAGGAAAAUGGUGAUAGGAUGCCAAAUGGAUCUGCAUUACUUCGUGAAGUUGAGGAAAGAAAGGAGAAUGAAAAAGUUGUUCAAAACACAAUACCAAGUGAAAGCACUGGGUCACAGAAAGAAGAGAAGGAAAUUGAUACUAUAGUAUCUGAAAUUACUGUCAAUCCAAGUCUGAAAACAGAAAAAGAAAUUAAGGUUUCAGAUGAGUCAGUAGUUAAGCAAAAUGAAGAAAUAGCAUCUGAACCUGAAGGCAGCAGUGCAGAAGUAACAGAAGAAAUAUCAAAAGAAACCGAUAUGAAAAAAGGAAAAGAAGGAAGCCUAGAUCUUCAAGAAAACAAAGCUGGGGAAGAAAUGUCUAUAGAAGGAAUGGAAGAGACUACAGAUUUGCAAGGGAAUGACAAAUGUGAAGAGAGUGUUGUGAAGGAAACUGAAGAUCAGAAGGAAGAAGCUGCAGAAGACUCUCAGAGGACAGGGGCAGAUGAGUCAGUUGAUGAACUGCAGGAACAGUUAAAAGAAGUUACCAGUGAUGCUCAAGAGGCAGAUAGUAUUGACAAAACUCUCAUCACAGAUACAGAUAAAGUGCUUGGAAGUACUCAAGAACCAACUGUAAAUGUUUCUGAAGAUGCAAUGGAAAAAACCUCCUCUGAUCCACCCUCUGUUAAAAGUGAGGACAAAAUGGUGGAUUCUGAUCAGCCGAUAGUUGAAAAAUACAGCCAAGAUUCUAAUGAAAAAAUCACAGCAAAAGAAACAGAAACCAAGGUUUCAGAAAUAAUGGAAAACAAAGAACAGAAGCUGAUGGAAGAUGACACAAAACAUGUCCAAGAGACAAGCAGAACUGAGGAAAUAAACAGUGAAAGUAAAGUUGCAGAACCUGAUGACAAGUUAGGAAGCAGAGCUGGGGAAAAUCACAAGAGUAACAUUCAGAUAGGCGCAGCGCUUGCAGCAGUUUCCUGUGACAUACCGGUUAAAAAUGAACUUGAAGAUACUGCAGUCAAGCAGCUACAUGAGCCUUCUUUGGUGCCCAAUAUUAGCGUAAGCUGUGCAGAAAAUGAAGCAGAAGAGAAAUCAGGCCCUCAAACUAAUGUUGAAAAUUCAAGGAAUAUUGAUCCUGGAAGCUCUAAAGAAAAUGAUGCUGAUUCAGGCACAGGUUCUACAGCAGACAACACUAGCAUUGAUUUGAACUUAUCCAUUUCCAGCUUCCUUGCUAAAAAUAAGGAGAGUGGAUCAAUAUCUUUACAGGAAACUAAGAGGCACAAAAAAACGCUUAAGAAAACUCGCAAAUUUGUUGUUGAUGGUGUAGAAGUAAGUGUGACAACUUCAAAAAUCGUCACUGACAAUGAUUCUAAAAGUGAAGAGCUGCGAUAUCUUCGACGUCAAGAAUUACGGGAACUACGACUGCUCCAAAAAGAAGAGCAGCGAGCUCAACAGCAGCUCAGCAAUAAGUUAUUACAACAGCGGGAACAAAUGUUCAGACGCUUUGAACAGGAAAUGACGAGUAAGAAGCGGCAGUAUGACCAGGAGAUUGAAAACCUAGAAAAACAGCAAAAGCAGACAAUAGAGCGUUUGGAACAGGAGCAUACAAAUCGCUUACGUGAUGAAGCAAAACGCAUCAAAGGAGAACAAGAGAAAGAAUUGUCCAAAUUUCAGAACAUGCUGAAAAACAAAAAAAAGGAGGUUUUUAAUGAAGUGGAGAAAGCACCAAAAGAGCUGAGAAAAGAGCUCAUGAAACGCAAGAAAGAGGAGCUUACUCAGUCCCAGCAUGCUCAGGAGCAAGAAUUUGUGCAGAAGCAACAACAAGAAUUGGAUGCCUCACUAAAGAAAAUAAUUCACCAGCAAAAAGCAGAGCUAGCCACAAUUGAACGGGAUUGUCUUAAUAACAAGCAACAGCUCAUGAGAGCUCGUGAAGCUGCAAUAUGGGAGCUAGAAGAGCGACACUUACAGGAAAAGCACCAACUUCUCAAACAGCAGCUGAAAGAUCAGUACUUCAUGCAGAGACACCAGCUGCUUAAACGGCAUGAAAAAGAAACAGAACAAAUGCAAAGAUACAACCAACGACUUAUUGAGGAGUUAAAAAAUAAGCAGACCCAGGAAAGAGCUCGAUUGCCAAAAAUCCAGCGCAGUGAAGCAAAAACGAGAAUGGCGAUGUUCAAAAAAAGCCUACGAAUUAAUUCUUCAAGUACUCCAGAACAGGAUCGUGAAAAAAUAAAGCAGUUUGCCAUUCAAGAAGAAAAGAGACAAAAAAAUGAAAGACUGGCUCAACAUCAGAAGCAUGAAAAUCAGAUGAGAGACCUUCAACUGCAGUGUGAAGCCAAUAUUAGAGAACUCCAUCAACUACAGAAUGAAAAAUGCCAUCUACUGGUUGAGCAUGAAACUCAAAAACUAAAAGAGUUAGAUGAAGAGCAUAGCCAGGAACUGAAAGAGUGGAGAGAGAAACUGAGACCACGGAAAAAGACGUUAGAAGAAGAAUUUGCUCGGAAGCUUCAAGAGCAAGAAGUUUUCUUUAAAAUGUCUGGAGAAUCUGAAUGCCUUAACCCAUCAACGCAAAGCCGGAUUUCUAAAUUCUACCCAAUUCCUAGCAUGCAUUCCACUUGAUCAUGAGUCUGGUCCCUCUGUGAGGUGACUUUGAGUGCGCUUUUUGAAAUUUUCAUUUUUCCUGUCUUCAGCUUCUGCCUCAAUAAAUCUACGUCAUGCAUCCAAGACCCUUAGUGGAAUUCCAUCUGCUCUCUUUGGAGACAAUCAAUGAUGUCGGAAUUGCCCUGUACUAUGUCCAUUAUGGAAACAAUUUCAAAGCACAGACAUUAAUCUUAAGAUUUGAUUUCCCCUGUACCUUUCAAGAACAUAUAGCCAUUUCAAUAAUGAUCUGGGAAAAAAAGUAGUAUCCAACUAUGUUGGCACUAGGACACCGGCCCAUGCUAUUAUUAAUCAUUUGCAAUGCCCUGAAAAUAAAGAUUCUGAAACAAAGAUACUAUUAGUGCAACCAAAUUUUCUUUGUGAUUCACCCAUUAUUUUGAAGAAACGAGUCUCUUGCUCAUUUAUUCAGUGCCUACAACUGUUACAUAUGCUGAGUUGUUGUUUUCAUUUUGUUUCAAUUUUUGGUUUUGGGGAGGUGACGAAGGGGGCAUUUUCCUUUUGUUUCUAAAGAAAUCCCCCUUAUUCUCUAUGUUACCAUAACAGAGAUACUUGCUGUUGCUGCUGCCACAUUUUUUUGUCAAAUACUUGCACUGAAAAUCCCAGUUUGACUUUGAAAUGUACAGUUUGCUUCCCUGUUCCUUCCCCUUUGCUUCUGAUUUGUAGUUUUUUCUACAGAUAUGUGCAGAAUCUCUCUCCACAAACUCAGUCGUGCAUUAAAGAAAUAUGAACUGGUAUUUCUCUCCCUACCAAAGUAGCAGUUUGGGACUCCAAAGCAGGAAAUGGCUAUGGCUGUCUCUGUACUUACAAACAUUACUGAUGCCUCUAGUCGGAAGAGUUUUUCUUUUAAAUUUCAGGUGUUUGUUGAUCUAUAGAAGGGUUUAAGUUAAAUAUAAGGCAAACGGUUUAAUGUGUUACAUUGUUUUGUCAUGAAGUUACUAAAGUUAAAAGUUAGCCACAUGCAGGACUUUGGGAGUCCACACAGUCAGUUAGAGAUUUCAGUUCUAAAAUACAUUGUUGUAUCAUAACUUAUUUUCUCUGUGGGUGGGAUUGAAAUAUUUAUGUUAGCAGGAGAUGUGCCUGCAAAAAAAGUUGUAGUUGUUUAAGGCUUUAGAUUUGAGUCAUAUCAAAACAGUAUUGUAAGCUGUCCUUUGGUAUGCCCAAGUUAGGUUUGUAAUAUAAAUGUUGAUUGCUUCCUGUCCUCAACAGCCUAAUCCUUUAGUAGAUAACUUUGGAUAAUCAACUGUAAGUUUUCACAUUUGCUAUCUUUCAUUAAAUGAGAGAACAGUCACUUUCUGAUAAAUUUUAUGUCAGUAGCAUUCCUGCAUGUGAAGGAAGAGGUUUAUCACAUUACUUUAAUCAAUACAUUGGCUACCACACUCAGAUAAUGGGCUUGACCUUGUCUGGUUGUUUAAUUGUGACAGUAUAGUGAGUAUAGUUUGAAGAUGCAUGUUACAUUUUGUUCUUCUCAAAUUAUAAUUUACUUUUAACAAAUAUUUUAUAGUUAGCCUUAAUAUCCCACAUUUUCUUUUAUAAAUAUUCAUCAUGUACCAGGUUGUAAAUUAAUGUAUGCAUCAUUAGAAUAUUGAAUUUUGCUGUACGCAAACUUAAAUUUGUUUAUUCUGAGUUGCUUAGAGUGAACAAGUAUUCAAAUGCCUUUACUUUUUUAAAGCUUCACCUUUAUGAAACAACUAGCAUUGAUUAUAACAUUAAAUACUGUUUAACUGUC